AGACAGCAGCUGCCCCGAUCUUAUCGCUUUGUUAAACAAAGAAAUGAUAAAUCUGAAUUGAGAGCUUGUCCUAAAGGAAUUAUAACUUACUCCCAGGACAUAUUUGCUGGAGUGUAAAGUCCAAGCUGCUGUAUACAUGGAGCUGAGCAGGAGGAAGGUGCCUCUCUAUGGUGAAGCUAAGGUAUUUGCAUUGCUGGAGGGGUUAGAAACGGUGCCAGAGCAUGCUGAAGUCUAUGUUGUUCUGGAGGGAUCCACGCUGGUCCAUGUAACCCGGGCUCAAAACGAUGUCAUGCUCUACUUUAUUGUGCCAGGACACAAUCUGCCAGAGGAGGUGUCUGUGCAAGCCUAUCUAUGCUCUGAAUCCACGCAGCUCACCUGGUUGGGCGGGGCUUCAUUAGAGUACGUACAGGAUGAUGCUCAGGACUUGGCAGAGCAUAUCAUAAUUCACGGACAUUGUCUGAAUGUCACGGAUCACAAGGAGCUGAGCAGCCUCUUCAGCCUCCGCCAGGAGAGCUCUCGGUGGGCUAUGGAUCGCAAAGUGGCCCUCGCCAUGGCCAACCUGGACAUUCCUCCAAAUUGGAAUGUACUGGGCAGCCACCAUGGAAAUGAACGCAUUCCCAGAGAGUGUCCCCUCCACCUGGCUGUGCGGUGGGGUCUUUAUUGGCUUGCAGAGCUGCUGCUUUGCCAGCCGGGGGGUUUGAUGGCUGUCAGUCUCCCUAACGAAGAGGGAGUCACACCGCUGCAGCUGGCACAGACCACAGGCAACACUGAGCUCCUGGAGCUGCUCACAAACCCACCCAACCCCCUCGCCACUCCUCCAGCAGGUCUGACGCAAGUGUGGGCAGAUCGGUCCCGAUUGCUGCGGUUUUGCCAUGACACCGGGAACCUGACUCUGUCCGUUCGACAAAACCUGAGAUGGAGUUCAGUGGAGAGUCGGUACGCUGAUAUCCUCCUGCUCAGAAACAGGCUCAGAGAUGAGAACUUCCUCAGGGAGAUCAAAGCGCUCAGAAGGGAGCGGGUAGAAACCAUAACAGAGAAGGAAGAACUUGUGGAUGAUCCUGCAGACACUGCUCUGUAUGCUGACAUGAACGAAGAAAAUUCUGCUGAUGAAAAUGUUCUCAACUUCUUCGCUGAGGACUGCGAGGAGCCGUUGAUUUUUGCCCUGAAUGAGGAGGACGAAGAGGACGAUCCUUCACACUCUGACUCUGAGAAAAGCCAGUCUAUAAGGGAGAGCCAGGCCUCGUGCCCGACUCGGGCAGCGGCUGCCAGACUUUCAGCAAUGAUACACGGCAAAGACCAAGUGUACGCCAACGCCAUGCUGGUGGACCAGGUAGACAGAGCUGACAUUAAGUAUCGGUCUCCAGGGGAUGAGGAGGAGGUCAGCCCUUCAUCCUGCUGGGAUUCCUUCUCUCCCACUCUCGUUGAAUCGGGGAAUUGCUCCCAGAAUCGUUCCCAAUCCUCACCCCAUCGCAGGCCAAGGGGAAGUCAGGGCCCAGGCUGGGACAAUGGCAGGGAGGCAUACUCUUGUGUUUCUCCCCCUUAUCCCUUUGCCUCCUCCCCAUCUUUUCCUUCCUCUCCCUUGGCUUCCGCAAUUCGUUUGUUCGAGGGAGGGCAGAGGCGACAGACGCUGACUGGUCCUUCAGACUCUCCAGCUUUGAAGCACAAAGAGUGCAGCUUGACAGAUGCGAGCCGGGGCCUGAGCCCCAGUCUAGAGUGUGACAGUGAAGAAGAGGAUGUUUUGGGCCACUCCUACCCUUGCUCAUCUUCGAAACAGAGGUCCGUCCUGCAGUCCAGCUCUGGAGAAGAAAGAGACUCUUUUGACACUUCACCUGAUUUUAAUCGCUCACACUCUGAAACUGCAAAGAAGUCCAACAAGAAUUCAGAAGAUGCUGAGGUUCGUCUGCGCUCCUACUCCUACUCCUCCUCCUCCCCUAAGGUGAGGCCAUCGCGGCCUCUGCUGAACCGGGACUCAGCUAUCAAUGAUCUGGAAGAAGAUGGCACUUUCAGCAGCGGCGGUCGUUCGCUACUUCAGGCUUUAUCUCUCUCUAAAUCCUUAUCACGUCUCAACCAAGUUAAACAGAGAGCCUUCAACCUGACUGAAACGACGAGAGAAAAGAGGAUUCUGGGUUUCCGUAAGCGGGCCCAGUCAGCAGAGGAGGAGAGCACGACAUCACUCCAACAUCUCACGCUUACAGAGUUCCUCAAAGAGAUUGAGGAUGAAGAGUGGGAUAAAUACAUAAUCCCAUCUAAGGUUGAGUCGGAGAAGUACAAAGUGAGCCGGACCUUCAGCUUCCUAAAGAGCAGGAUGUCCAGUACCCGAAGUAAAACCAAGGUAAAAGGGAAAGAGACGAAGGAGGGAAAAGAGAAGCUGGGAGCGUCUAAUGGGCACCAGUUCGUUCCCGUGUCUCCGUCUGCUCCUACUCUCUGUGUGGCCUGUGAUAAGCCUGUUUCUGGGAAAGAGUCGUUGCAGUGCGCCAACUGCUCUCUGAAUGUCCAUAAAACCUGUCGGGAAUCUGUUGCAGCCUGUGGAAAGAAACUGCAGGAGAGGAAUCUAGUACUAAUGAAAAGCAAGACUAUGUCUCUCCCACAGAGUUUUGCUAAGGAAAGUUCUCCAGCUUCUCUUUUCUCUUCCUCUGCCUGCUCUUCCCCAUCAUCUUCAGCUCCAACAAUGACCAAAGAGAAAAGGGAGACAGUCGCUUCUUUCUCCAAAAGCCAAUCAAUCUCUAUAGACAGCAGAGGCUGGAGUGAAACAGCAGGGGUGGACAGUGAAUGCAACAUGACAGCUUGCACUAACAGCUCUCCUCCUGAAGAAGGAAUACCUGUCACAACAACUCCCCAUUUCACCGACCUACCUAUCAGCACAAAGGAUACUGUUGAUGCUCCUCUGCUGAGUGACCUGUCAGCUGACUUGCUGGGGCUCGAGGCAGAGUCGUGGAGUCUCGCCGUCUCUCCAGUCUUUUGUAGCCAACACGACAGACGCACCAUCAAACGACAAGAUGUUAUUUAUGAGCUGAUGCAGACAGAGCUGCACCAUAUUCAAACUCUGACAGUCAUGUCGGAGGUGUUCAGGAGAGGUAUGCUGGAGGAGCUGCAGCUCGACUCGGACUGCGUGGCCCGGAUCUUCCCCUGCUUGGAUCCUCUCCUGCUUUUCCACAGAAACCUCUUCAGAGCGCUGCAGGAAUGCCGCCAGGCUGCAACACAAACGGACAACUCCCGAAAUUACCUCAUCCAUCGAAUUGGAGACGUACUGCUUCAGCAGUUCUCUGAUGAAAAUGCUGAGAUGAUGAAGCAGGUGUACGGAGAGUUUUGCAGUCACCACAUGGAGGCUGUCAAUGUCUUCAAAGAGCUCCAGCAGCAGAACAAAAAGUUUCAAAACUUUGUCAGACAACAGAGUAAUAACUCUCUGGUCAGACGAAGAGAAGUGCCAGAAUUCAUUCUGUUGGUCACGCAGCGCGUCACAAAGUAUCCAGUUCUGCUAGAGAAGAUACUGCAGUACACUCAGGAUGGAAGCCAGGAACACUCCAACUUGUCAGAUGCCCUGGCUCAGAUCCGUGACAUCAUCACAGCCGUGGAUGUGAUGGUCGGUAAGUAUGAGCGAUCUCAGGAGCUGCAGGAAGUACUCGCCAGGCUGGAAACCAAGAGCUUCGCCAAGCUCAAGAACGGCAAGGUGUUUCGCAAGCAGGACAUGCACACCAAGCACAGAGCUCUGCAGCACAAAGGGCUGCUCUACUGGAAGACUGCCACGGGGCGUCUAAAAGACACUUUAGCUCUUUUGCUCACGGAUGUCCUGGUUUUUCUGCAAGAGAAAGACCAGCGCUUCAUAUUUGCAUCUGUGGACCAGAAGCCUCCAGUUAUUCCUCUGCAGAAGCUCAUUGUUAGAGAGGUAGCCAAUGAGGAGCGAGGAAUGUUCCUUAUCUCUGCAUCCUCCGUGGGGCCAGAGAUGUAUGAAGUUCACACCACCACAAAAGAAGAGAGGAAUGCCUGGAUGAGACACAUUAGACAAGCUGUGGAGAGUUGUCCAGAGGAAGAAGAGGAGGAGGAGCGAACUGCAGAGACAGAGGAAGCCAGACAAGCUGCAGAAGUCAGAGUUCAAAAGAUUAGCAAGUUCCAGGAAACGUUGCUUGGUCAGGACCAGCAAAUCUGCCACAACUUGGAGGAAAAGUUGCAGCUGUACGCUGAUAUUACAGAAUUAACUCUCCGGUCACCAGAGUCUGUCCCACAUCGCCAUCUGCUGGUGGGACCUGCACAGUACUUCGACAUUGAGGCGCCGCGUCAAGCAUCAUCGCUGCUCACAGCUGCACUGAGAGAAGCUGAAAACCUGAUCAACAUUCUCCAGACCCGUGAUGGCGUCCCGGUCCACAGCCAGAACUCUCCUCUCCAAGCCCCAGAGUGCUGCAGCUACAACAGCCACGGCAGCAGCAUUCAGGAGUCUCCCUCUGAACCGGAUUAUCUGAGCACGCUCAGUAUCAGCUCCAACUCUCUGGGGUCUGACAGCGAGUUAGCGGGCAUGGAGAGCGCGUCGUGGAGCUCAGCAGUCGAGCUAAGGAAAGGAGACUCAAAAGGAACACUUUUAAAGGUGGCAGAGAGCGUCCAGAGCCUGACUCAGCUUCUCUACAGUCUGCAGGCAGCUGUGACCCUCCAGGACAGCUUCUAUGAAGUCCAGAAACUUCUUCUUCAAGAGGGAGAAAGACCUCAGCUUCGCAGCAUCACCUCUCUCCAAACCAACUUGGAACAGGAGAAGCAGAGGAGCACUGACAAGAUGAAAGAGGAAAAGAAGAGUUUGGAGAGGAAGAAAGAAGAUGUGGAUGAGGUGCAGAAGCUCCAAGUUAAACUGAAACAAGAGCAGCAUCGCUGGGAAAAAGAAUGUGUGGCCAGAGAGAAACAGCAGACUGACCAGGAGAACGUGUUGGAGCAGCGAGAGCAGCAGUGUCUGUCUGAGUCCGAGCGGCUCCGCUGCGAGCGAGAGGAGCUCGACGCCCAGCUGCAGGAGUAUCAGCAAAACCUGGACAGGCUGAGGGAGGGCCAGAGGAGUGUAGAGAGGGAGAAGGAGAGGAUCGAAGCCCAGCAGAGGCUGCUGCAGAGCUGGAGACACAGCCGCCAGAGCAGCCUGCCCGUCACAAUACCACUAGAUGGAUACAAGGUUCCCACACACAGCCGCACAGGCAGCUUUGAUGGGAACUACUCACUGUUCAAAAACGAGUCGGGUUUCUUCAGCUCCCUGCAACAGAACCACCUCCACCAGCCACCCAUCUACAACCACCAGCACACCCUCUCCACGCAGAAGAAGAAUAAUCCGGACGGGCCGCCGCUCAGCUCAGCCGACCGCAGCGUUAGCGCCAGCCUCUACAACAGCCUCAACACGCUGCUGAGCCAAACGCACGGCAAGCAGCCUCUGUACGGCAACAACCACAGCUGCUCCCGACCGUCCGCUGAUUGCCUCCAUACCUUCAGCAGCAGAGUGCCUUCACAGCAGCAGAGAUGCGGCAACACAGAUUUCACCCAGCUGGAGGAAACACAAACUUCAGGUUCCUGGAGGUCAGGGAUCACAGGUCACGGACCCAUUAAGGAGCACAACUCCUCCUCUCCCUCUCUUACCCCGCUGCUCCCACCCCAGGCUUAUCUCUCCCUCGAAGGACAGAACGGAGAGGAGGAAGUCGAGGAAAAUAUUGUUUACCUCUGAGAAUCCAGGAAGAAGCAAAGCAAGCUGCCAGAUCAGUAUCUGGAAGAAAAGGAUAAUUUAUCUGUGUCUUCAUUGUGAUGUAUCUAUUUAAAAUGGACUCAUGUUCAUUUAAAAAUCAGAAUAUUUAGGCAUUCUGACUGUUAUGUGCCUUUAUGUAAUUCGGUGUGCCUCCUUGGUGAUCAAACCAUUGUGCCUUUUUCAUUUUGAAAAAAAAAAAAUUUCAGUUUAUUUUUUUUUCUUACAUUCUAUCUUAUUAUUUCUUGCACUAAUUUGAAGACAGAGGUACAUUUAACUCAAACAGUUUAAACAGAAGAAUUGAUACAUUUCUCCAAAAGCACUUAAAGUAAACAAUUGUUAUAAAGUCAAUGAAGCUCUGCCCCAGACUGUGUAAUUUUCUGUUUGGCAGUUCUGCAGUGCCAUCUUUGUUUAAGUUGUACAUUUACAACAUAAGUUGUUGUAAGCAUCUGCAAAGGAUACAAAUAUGCUGACAUUUUUUUAUGUAUAUAUAUACAUAUAUAUUUAAUGUUUAUUCUUAUGAAUAGGCUACCUAUGCUCACUGUGUUGAAAAAGGAUCGUAUAUUCCUAAUUUUUUAAUCUCUCUGAAGUGCCAAAAAUAUUGCUGAUGCUGUAAUUGAUGUAAAGAUAAUUGUUUUCUUAUAAUUUAUUUGACAUAGAUCGCUUCACGCACUCCCAAUAUUAAUAAUGUUUUGUUUUUCAAUGUCUCAUUGUGCAUUCUCUGGAGUUAGAAGUUUACACACCCUCAUCCGCGGCAUGAAUGCCAUUUUGAUAUCAACUGUUCAUUUUGCAGCUCCGAUUUAAUUUUCCUUUUUUUUGUCUUUUAUUCAGGUUAAUUCCUCACUAUUUUCAUAUUUUGAAAAUAGUGAGGAAUUACUAUUCCUCACAAGCUGUAUUAUGUCGAACAUAAUACAUCUUCAGUGAUUUUUAAAAAACAAUCACUAGCUGAACAAUUUUGAGUUUUUACACACAAGGGAUCAAAUAUGUUCUUAUUAUCAAUUUGAUUUGUCUCACAGUUCAUAUUUGCAAAUGACAUUUCACCUGAGCUGCACUUAACGUCAGGCACACCUACAAUGUGGGAAUGUAUGUGUGUUUGUGAGAAUGAUUGGGUAAAUGAGGCUGUAGUGUAUAGUAAUAGUUGGUAUGAAUAGAAAAUUGCUGCAUAAAUUCAGUUCAAUUUGAUCAAGUUCUAGUUGUAAGUGGAAAAUUUAGUGAGAUUUGUCACUACUUUGACAAAUACAAGUUCAUGUAUUUCUCUCA